AUGGACCUGCCCCCCCGGCGACGGCCGCCUCCUCCCUCCCUCCCCCCCCCCCUCUCUCUCUCUCUCCCCCCGGCAGGCGGGGGCGGCUGGCGAGCGUCGGCCGAGGCGCUGGUGGAGGUGGUGGUGGUGCAGCGCUUCCAGUGCCGGCGGUGCCCCUUCCGCAGCGCCGCCCGCCAGACGCUCCUGCGCCACGUGCAGCGGCGGCACCUGCAGCCAGGCGGCACCCCCGGGCCCAAGAGGGGCCGCCCGCGGAAGGGGGCUGCGGUGCCAGAGGCCAAGCCCCCGCAGGAGGAGCAGGAGCAGCAGCAGCAGCAGGAGGAGGAGGAGGAAGAGGACGUCGUGGACGCCGGAGCCAUCGAUGACCCCGAAGUGGACAGCGACUACAACCCGGCGGAGGAUGAGCCCCGAGGACGCCCCCCCAGGAUCAGCCGCUGCCCGCUGCCCCCCUCCCCCAAGCAGGGACUGCGCCGGCGGCCCGGGAGGCCCCGCAAGUUCCCCCGCCUGGAAGGGCCCCCCGGGACGGAGGGCGCUGAAGCGGAGCCGGCCAUCUCCUCGCCGUGUGUCCCGCAGGGGGAGCCGCAGAGCUCCGAGCCAUCCAGCUCCUCGGCCUCCGUCCCUGAUGGCACCGCUCGCCUGGCAGAAACGGCGGUGAACCAGUCGGACUCGGAGAACAGGGACCCGUCCUCCCACAGCCAGCCCGAAGCGCCUCCCCGCCGACGAGGCCGGCCCUCCCACCGGUUCCUGGGCAAGAAAUACCGCAAGUACAUGGGGCGAAGGUACUGCUACAAGUCUGCCAAGCCCUUGAUGCGGCCCUACCUGUGCCGGAUCUGUGGCUCCCGCUUCCUGACCCACGAGGACCUGCGCUUCCACGUCAACUCCCACGAGGCCGGGGACCCCCAGCUCUUCCGCUGCCUACAGUGCAGCUACCGUUCCCGGCGUUGGUCCUCUCUGAAGGAGCACAUGUUCAACCACGCGGGCCGGAAGCCCUACCAGUGCGAGGAGUGUGACUACACCAGUGUGUACAAGAAGGACGUCAUCCGCCACUCUGCGGUGCACAACCGGGACAAGAAGAAGCGGGUCGACCCGGCGCCCAAGCGGAGCUCCUUCCCCUGCCCGGUCUGCGGCCGAGUCUACCCCAUGCAGAAACGGCUCACCCAGCACAUGAAGACGCACAGCUCCGAGAAGCCCCAUAUGUGCGACAAGUGCGGGAAGUCCUUCAAGAAGCGCUACACCUUCAAGAUGCACCUGCUGACCCACAUCCAGGCAGUGGCCAACCACAGGUUCAAGUGCGAGUUCUGCGACCACGUCUGCGAGGACAAGAAGCUGCUGUUGAACCACCAGCUCCUGCACAUCAACGACCGGCCCUUCCGCUGCAGCCUCUGCCCUUACGCCACCGUCCGCGAGGACUUCCUGCUCUCCCACAUGGCGGUCAAGCACACAGGCGGGAAGCCCUUCGCCUGCGACCUCUGCCACUUCUCCACCAAGCACAAGAAGAACCUCCGCCUCCACGUCCAGUGCCGCCACCCAGAGAAGUUUGAGGAGUGGGGGCAGCUCCACCCGGAGGAGGGUCCCUGCCGCCGCCGCCCCUUCUUCACCCUCCAGCAGAUCGAGGAGCUGAAGCAGCAGCACGGCCGGGGAAAGGUGGCCCCCGCGCCCAGCCCGCCCGUGCUGGGACCCCCGGACCCUCCCCAGGAGCCCCUGCAGGGAGCCAUCCUUCUCUUCGAGCCAGAGGUGGAGGGCUCGGCAGAGGUGAGCACGCAAACCGCCCUGGACCUCCUGCUGAACAUGAGCGGCCAGCGGGAGCUGCCGGCCAGCGCCCUGGAGGUGAGGCUGGGGCUUCCCAGCUCCUGCGUGUCCCCUCCCUGCUUUGGGGGGUGGGGGCUGCUGGGCGGGGCCAACACCUGGGCGCUUGCUUGCUUGCAGGAGGAGGCCACCUACAUCCAGGAGAUCAUGGCCACCACGGCAGACGGGCAGAUGGUGCAGCACCUGGUGACCACCGAAAACCAGGUGCAGUACAUCAUCACCCAGGAGGGCGUCCAGCAGCUGCUGCCCCACGAGUACCUGGUGCUGCCUGAGGGCCACCACAUCCAGGUGCAGGAGGGCCAGAUCACCCACAUCCAGUACGAGCAAGGCGGCCCCUUCGUGCAGGAGCCCCAGAUCCAGUACGUCCCGGUGUCCCCCGGGCAGCAGCUUGUCACACAAGCCCAGCUGGAGGCCGCGGCACACUCGGCCGUGGCGGUUAUCGGCGGGGCCGGGAGCAGCAAAGAGACCCCCGCGGAGCAGGAGCUGCUGCCCGUCGCCUUGGACCGAUCGGCUGCCGGUUUGGGCAAAGGGAAAAGCCCUGGGUGCCUCUUCUGCACAGCAGUGGCGGACGUGGCCGUGGCCCACGCUCCCUUCAGCACGGAGUCUGGGCCGGAGCAGCUGCAGCCGGGCAUCCACUACGACAUCAUCACCCUCGCAGAGUGACCGGCUUUGCCGCCCCCCGCCCGGCCUCUUUGGGGACCCUUGGGGGCAGAGGGGAUUGUGCCUCCCGCUCCAGCCGUUGCUCCAACUUGCCCGCCCCGCAGGUCACCUGGCAGGCCAGGUGGAGGGGGGGGGCUCUUCCCAGGGGUCGCCUGGAAGUGGGACGUCCAGCCCAAGGCUGGAGCCAGCAGCCUCGCCCGGGGAUGCCUGCUGGAUGCUCUGCUGAAUAAAAAGGGGCCCCGCCAGGCCUGGACAUGGUUGCGGGUCUGUGUGAUGGAUGGCUUGGUAGAGCGGGGCCCUUCACACACACACACACACACACACACUCCACCCCCUUCCUGGCUGCCCAGGCGCUGC